UUUAACCUUUCUUAAGCGUGAGCGUAGUUAUACAGUAUCAAAAUAAGGUAUCUGAAUGACUUAAAAGACGCUAAGUUCCCAAACCUAGAUUUAAAAAAAAAAUGCAGGGAAAGGAAGAACGUAUUGCAUUCGAAGUUUUAAGAUCAUACGAUUUGCACAUGGAAUAGAUAAAAUACAAAGCCGGCGAGGUGUCCGGAGUGUAAGCGACCGACAGGAACCGAGAGUAAACACUGGACACAAAACGAGGAGGAGGACGACGCACGGGCUCUCGGUUUUCUGACUUCUUGACUGGUUUCUCGGGAGAUGGUUGUCUUUUUCUCAUAAGAUUUAAGAGGUGGAGCUCAAGGCCUGGCACAACUGCAUUGUCUGCUCUGUCAACCUGCUGCACCUACUCAGCAUCAACUAAUUCAAGAAUGGAGAAGAAACCAUUCAUCAUUUGGUGGCCAAUGCAUUGUAUUUCUUUUCUUUUAUGAUAUUCUUGAAAAGCAAAAGUGGCUGCUUUUAUGUCUGGUAAUCUUUGUGAAGGUGAAAUUGUUAACUGUAUGCAGCAGUGCACUUAACAAACAGAAAGUGGUCUGUGGAUGAGAUGAGACAACUAUUCAUUUAUUUUUUUAUCUGUACUAAUUUGAAAGAGCACCAUGGGAGUUAAAGGAUUAUGGAAACUCAUUGAGAGUUCUGGCACACCAGUUCCCCUCGAAACCCUUGAACACAAAAUCUUGGGCGUGGAUGUAUCCAUUUGGCUUCACCAGGCAGUGAGAGGAUUCAGAGGUCCUGGAGGUGCAGCAGUGGCAAAUGCUCAUCUGCUUACUCUCUUUCAUAGAAUCUGCAAGUUGUUAUUUUAUCGAAUAAGACCAGUAUUCAUAUUUGAUGGUGGUGUUCCCCACUUGAAAAAACAGACACUUGCUGCACGUCGGCUGAAGAGAGAUGUAGCUGCCAGUAAAGCCAAGCAGGUGCGGGAUAGGCUCCUCUCAAAUCUGCUAAAGAGCCAGGCUGUCAGAAAAGCUUUGGGCAAGGUUGGACGUGGGCCCAGUGAUGUAUACGUUCCAAAACCUCAGAAGAAGGAGAAAGAUAUGUUUGAACUUCCUCCCUUGCCCCCACCAGAGGAAAAUGAAGAGGGGAUGACUACCAUCAAGUCAGAAGAGAAUGAAUACGAGCACGAAGUCUUGAAUAGCUACGAUCUUCCCAAUUUGCAUCAUUUUGACUAUGAAAACAAGGAAUUCAAAGCCCUACCAAUUGAAACACAGCAGGUGAUUUUGAGUGAGUUACAGAGUACUCGAAAGGAGAACUCAUGGGCUGCCAUUAAUGAUAUGCCUCAAGAUGGCAAGGGUUUUGCAGAAUUUCAAAUAGGUAGAUUAAUGAAGAGACGAAAAUUUCAGGUUACCCUUGAUAACACGCAGGAAGAAAUUCGAAAGAAGAGAGCAAUUGAAAUGGAAGCAGAAAUGUUUGGAGAGUUGGAAAAGCAUGUGAGCCUUACACACAGAAUUAUAUCUGAAGAUUCAGCCCAUUCAAUUCUUGUUAAAAAGGUUAAAGGCGAUGAUUUGAAAGAAGAAGAGAAGAUCAAAAUCAAAAAGGAGGAGAAGGGAAAAUCGCUGAUGAGAAACAAGAAUGGGAAUUUUGAAAAGGACUUCUUGACUGAGCUUGCAAAACAAGGCAUUGUGAAAAAGGGCCAGCACUCAGAUUCAGAUUCUGAGGAUGAAGAAUCAUAUUUCGUUGAUGGAGAUACAGAAUUUGGGUUUUGCUCUCAAGCCAAAACAAAUAUAGAAGACGAUGGCUUGCUUCAGAUUGUUGGCUCCCUGAUGGAAAACAAUGGCCUAACACAGGACGAAAUAUUGGCACUUGUCAAACAGGAGAGUAUGGUACCAGGAGCAAGUAAGAAUGAAGUAGAUGAUGGAGAUAAGCCUUCAACUUCAAGGAAUGCAUCGGGUUUUGUAUUCAAUCCAGAUGCCGAUUCCUCAGAUGAUGACAGUGAUCUUAUAGAUAUAGGGGAAGAAAAUGAUUCCUUGGAUCUUUCUGAAAAGAAAACUAAUGGUAUUGCUAAGGAAGAACAAGGAAGCAAUGUAGAUAAGAUAUUGGAGAAUAAAAAUGAUAGUCUGUGGAUGAAGAUUGUUCAGCAGAAGUUAGAUGAUAUGGUACACACACAAACAGAUAAAAAUUCUCCCAAAAAAGCUGCUGUUGACACUAGAAGAUCUGAAGGAAAUGGGAAUAAAAAUCCAAGCAGACAAGGAGAUGGGGAGCUAAAAACUGUUGCCAUUUCUUUAGAUUUUGAUGUCAAACCAUUAAAAAUGGAGGACGAUAUUUUUGCAGACAUUUUUACUGAUAUUAAUGCCAUGCCAUCCUCUAAACCUAUGGUUGAUUCAGUGAAGGCAAAAAGCCAUAUAGCCAAUGUGAUUGACACAAACACACAGAGUCAUAUUCCUAAUAAAAUUAAUUCAAAUUCUUUAAAGAGUAAAGAGAAAGAAAAACUGCAAUUAGAUUUUAUUCCAGAUAAUACUGGAGAAGUAAUAGGUGGUAAAGUAAAAAACACAGAGAAAGCAGAUGUUCCAUCUGCUGUUAAUACAAAGGAUAUGGAUAUUAUCACUGAAUUACAGAGCAAAAUACAAGAUCUGGUUAAGCUAGAAAUUGAAAAGGUAAUGAGUUCCCAGGGAAGUAAGAGUGCAUUCAAGGAUGAUGCAAAGUAUGGCUCAUUUACAGAGGAAGAAUUGUGUGUUGAUGAUGUGGAAAUAAUGAGUUCAAGUGAUGGUAGUGACAUGGAAGAAGUUGAGAGUAAUGUUCAAAAAGCCAAAAAUGAGCCACUUUUGCCACAGGGAAAUACCACUCAGAAAAUUACAGAAAAUGCAGAUAGCGAAUCAGAUAAUGAUGACAAUCUGAUUGAAGUAACUGAUGAUAAAGAUAUUAGUGAAUCAAUAGUUAAAGAUAAAAGUGAAGACCAGAGUGCUUCCAUGUCAAAGAUCACAUCAGAAAGAAAAGAAAACAGUUCAACAGACUUGCAAGAAACAGAGAAAAGUGCAAAUUUUGUGGAAUUGGCUCAACCAGUGGUCAGUACCUCUCCCAGGGUUGAAGAUAAUGCCAAAGAUUGCCCUGAAAAUCACAAUGUGAAUUCAGUGAGUCCAUCAGAUGCUAAGAGUGAAGAGGGACAAACCAAGAGCAAAAUGAAUCUCAUGGUUGACACAGAUCUGGAGGAAGACAGUGUUAUAUCAGGGAGAUCAGAGUCAGAUGCAGGGGACAAAGAAAAUACAGAAGAAAUAGAAAAACCUUUAGAGUAUUCUAAGGAUGAAUUAAAACAUCUAGAGGAGGAACUAGCAUCAGAGCAACAAACUCUUGUGGCUCAGGCACAAAAGAUAGAAAGAAUUGCUUCCAAUUUGAAUGACCAAAUGUAUGGAGAAGCACAGGAACUCCUGCAGCUCUUUGGCAUUCCAUAUCUUGUGGCUCCAAUGGAAGCAGAAGCCCAGUGUGCCUUUCUAAAUGUACAGAAACUUACCAGUGGCACCAUCACUGAUGAUUCAGAUAUAUUCCUUUUUGGUGGUUGUAAUGUAUACAAACACUUUUUCAAUCAGACCAAGCAUGUGGAACUCUUCAAGACAGAUAAUAUCAAAGGAAACAUAGGACUAGACCGUGACAAAAUGAUUAGUCUUGCCCUACUGACAGGAAGUGACUAUACUGUAGGUGUAGAAUCUGUAGGAGCAGUUUUGGCUAUGGAAGUGCUGGCAGAGUUUCCAGGUGAAGGCCUUGAAUGCCUGAACAACAUGAAAAAAUGGUGGAAUGUAGCACACAGGAAUGUAAGUGCUGCUUAUCAGUCCAAGGUUAAGCAGCGUUUGUCACAGAUUAUGAUUCCUGAGUCCUUUCCAAAUAAAGCAGUCUUUGAUGCUUAUCAUCAUCCAGAAGUAGAUGAAUCACUAGAAAAAUUUUCUUGGGCAGUUCCUAAUGUAGAUGCCUUAAGAAUGUUCACAAUGGAUAAAUUUGGAUGGAAUAGGGCUAAAGCAGAUGAAAUCCUGAUACCAGUCAUGAAGAAACUUGGUGUUCGAACUUCUCAGACAAGAAUUGAUUCUUUUUAUACCAACAUAAAACUUGUAAAAGAAAAUAAAUUUGCCAGUAAGAGGAUGCAAGAUGCUAUUGCCAGAGCCAAAGGAGAAGAGCCUCUCAGUUCUACCUCAGUUACAGAGAGUAAGAAGAGAAACAGUUCUACUCAAAGGGGAAGACCUAAAACACAUAACAGCAGAGAGUUCAUCUCAUAAAGGAGAUAACCCAGCCCCCAAAAAGCUGUCUCGUACAUUGUUGAUUGACCCAUCUGAAAGCAGCUCUUCCCCAGCCAAGCCCAAACGUGGUCGACCAAAGAAAAAAUUGGAAGAAAAUGGUGAUGAAGCCUCAGGCCCUUCAAUGGCACCACCUACCACUAGUAUAUCAGAAGUUAAGCCUAAGAAGAAAGUGACUAAAGAAGAUAUGUAUAAGGCCCUCUUAGAGAAGGAGAUAAUCACUCAGAGGGAAGCAGACAAGAAAUUGAUGGAGGAAAAGAAACAUAUUGCUGCCCAGUUACUGAAAGAUCAGAUUAAAAAGAAGAAAAGAUAGAGAUACCAUGGCUGACAAAAAUCUACAUUAUGUAAGACAAGUAAUAAAGACUUUUCAGACUUUGAUAGCAUGUGAAAAUGAAAUAAUGUUAUCACUGAAUGGACAUUUGUUUGUAUACUUUGCUUUGGAAUUCUAAAUAAUUUGUCCUGAAUAUUUGUUAGUCUCAUAGCAGGCUACUUCUAGCUGUAAUUUCAUAACAGAAAUUCUGUUCUUAUAUUCAGUGAUUUAAAGUGUUAAUUUACAGUGGCAGGCAUAAGAAUUUUGUACUAUUAGAUAAAAUCAUGUAGCUAGCUUACUAUUUGUGUAUAUUUUGAAAUUAAUGGAGAUUUCACAAACCAUUAUAAAGAAGAGUACAAAUUUUAUAUUCCAAACACUAAAUGAGAUUUUUGGUGUGUAUUUUUUUAUACUUUGUUUUGAACAUUGUUGUUUGUGUUGGUGUAUCUCAGGGUAAAUUAAUUUGCUUUGUUAUGACUAAUAACAUUUAACACAUUAAACACAAGACAUUUUACAGUGAAUUACACAUAUUUUAUUGACCAUUUUCAAAUUACUUACCAAUAUCUGAUCUAUAAUGAUUUCCAAAAAGAAAAAAAGAAGGCCCUUGUCCUUAUUGUAUUACCUGUAAAAGGAAAAUUGAUAUUUCAGUGUAAAAUGGUUUAGGCAUUUUAGGAUAUACUGUAUAUGAUGUUCUGUUGAGGAAGUUGAUGAAUAAGAAUCAAAAAUUCCUCAAUGCAAAAUAUGUAAUCAUUGUGUUAAUGGAUACCCUUUCACAAGAAUUACUUACAUGUUAUUCUAAAGGUAGUUAGUUUCUCAUCUGUUUAUAUUUUUAACAUUUGUGAUUUUAAAUUCAUUUUUGUUAAUGAUAUUUGCCGCAGGGAAGUAUUGCUAUUGUAUAUAUUAAUAUGGGUGACAUCACGAAGUUUGACAUGAGAUAUAAGCAAAGCAAACAGACUUUGAUCAUAGAUUCUGUGUUGGUGUUUGUGAAAUGUAAAUACAUCAUGUGAAUUAUG